AUGGCUGCUUUGCCCAGGUCUGAAGUAUCCUUCAGAAGAUCAGGAUCAUCAGGUCUAGUAUGGGAAGACCAGAAAUUUUUAUCAGGGGAGCUCAAGCCCAUAAAGACCAAACAAGAUGAUGAUGUGAACCAUAAACACAAACGAUCAGAACAUGAUCAUGAGUCAAAAAAUCAGCGGAAAUCGUAUCGGACGGUUGAUGUUGCAUCCACAAUUGAUCCUCCAUCUCCUAAAGUAUCUGGUUGCGGGUGUUUUGGGAAGCCUGCCAAGAAGCCAAAUAACAGAAAACCUCCUGCAGGCCAUCGAAGGUCCUAG